AUGUCCCCGUCGUCUGUUUCGAGCUGCAACUACACGACAGAAGGUAAUCGACACGGUGCCCAAGCUCUGAAACGUGCUGCAUUGCUUGCAGAUUUGACCAAAUGGUGGGAUGGCCGCGACCUUUCUCAUGAAGAGGAGCACCUGCCUCUGAUUCCUGGGAGUCGAGAUCAUAACGGCGGACGAGAACCUCAGCCGAAGCAUCAAGAUGUCGCUGGUUGGAAGCCCAGCCAUCUCGGCUUUCCGAGUGGUCGAACCCUGCUUCGGGUUCUGGAGAUUGUAGUCGUCAUGUUCAUUGUUGCUGUCGAGUUAAAGGCACUGUCGAAUCGAUCCGCAAACCAUGGCGUACACAAAGUACCGUCGUUCUCACUGCACCACUCGAGUGGCAAGUUGCUGAGUGGUGGACAUCGUCUUCGCUCGUUUCUUCGUCACAUGAAAAGUCAACCAACCGUGCUGAGUGCAGUGUCUUCAGAAAAGGAGAUUCCUCUUGGCGUUAAUGUGGAAAUGGAACGAACAAUGGACAUCUACUGUCGUGGACCGUUGCUACAUGCUGUUCAGAUGGCCAAUGUCUACUCGGACAGCAAGUACUUUGUCGACAUGCCAAUCAAAGACAAUAGCAGCGCGUUCGACAUCUUGGUCGAUUUUCAGCAUCGUGGACUCGCUAUGACCGAGUACCGACCCAAUGUCCAAGGCAUGCACAAGCAACAGUUGCGGCAAUUUCUUGACGACCACUUUGACCCGCCAGGAACGGAUCUGCUGCCGAUCACACCUUUCGACUACCAGGGGCAGGUUCACCCGCCUAUGGUGGCUGACAUCCGAGACCAGGAACUUCGAGAUUGGGCCUUUGACUUGCACCAGAUAUGGCAGAGUCUUGGACGAAUUCGCAAUCCACACGUGAAAGGGUCGCUGCUUCAUUCGCGAAAGCUAGAUGAGCCGAGUUUGAACCAGCCUGAUAAUGUACUGAUUGUACCCGGCGGGCGUUUCCGUGAAAGCUACUAUUGGGAUUCGUACUGGAUUGUCCAAGGGCUGUUGGUCAGCGACAUGUCUGUGACGGCACGCGGUAUCGUAAACCAUCUCUUGGAGUACGUGUCCGAGUUCGGAUUCGUGCCAAACGGAGGGAGAAUUUACUACCUGACGCGGUCGCAGCCGCCCAUGCUCUCGGACAUGGUAAAAUUGGUUGCUCGUCUCCCGGUGAAUGGAACUGAUAUCGAGUACGACGACGAGUAUCUUCAAGCUGCAUUGCCGAUCCUAGAGCGAGAGUACGACUUUUGGAUGCAGCAUGGACCUUCCGGGCAUGCAGUCGAGUUUACUCGAAGUGAUACCAAAGCAGGGGCAAGCGGCGACGUUACAUACGUCUUAAAUCGCUACACGUCCAAUGCCAAUCAACCGCGACCCGAAUCGUAUCGGGAAGACGUCCUAGUUGCUUCCGAGAUAUUUGACCGUACCAUCCAUAUGGACGGUGGGAAUGCUGCUGCGACGGAGCGGCACAAGGACGAGUACUACAACAAUGUCAUUGCUGCUGCCGAGAGCGGGUGGGACUUCAGUAGCCGCUGGUUGCGGGAUCCGUUCGACAUGAAGUCGAUGGUAACCACUUCCGUCGUUCCUGUCGAUUUGAAUUCAAUCAUGUACCGGGUUGAACGCAACCUGAUGGAAUUUAACCAGCACCUUGACAACGACAAGCGGGCACAAUUUUUCGAGCGAGCCGCUGCUCGCCGACUCAAAGCCAUUGACGCAAUCCUGUGGAGCGAGAAGCACCAGACUUGGAAAGAUUACGACCUGGAGACGGACACCCAUUCAGUCAUCGUCUCUGUGUCCGACUACACACCGCUUUGGGCAAAGGCAUUUAAUGCCAGCGAUAUCGACCGGCUGAAAACUGUCGUCACCUCCCUCAAAACUUCCGGGCUGCUUCAGGUUGGUGGUAUCCAAACCACGACUACUUUUUCGGGCCAACAAUGGGACAGACCUAACGCAUGGCCGCCGGAGCAGGAUAUUGUCGUGGAAGGCUUGUUGGCUAUCAACACCACAGAAUCGCACAAUUUGGCUCGCGAGUUGACGCGAACGUGGACGCAAACGAGUUUGACGGCUUGGAAGCAAACCGGUUUGAUGUUCGAAAAGUAUAACGCGUCCGAAGUUGGUGGCUUGGGUGCAGGCGGAGAGUACUUCCCGCAGUUUGGCUUCGGUUGGACAAACGGAGUGAUUUUGAAGUUCCUCACGAUCCAUCAGAAUCUUUUGCAAGCAGGCUAA